CAUGGAAGGGUGGCUGUCACAAUCACACCGUUCCUUACCAGCGAUGCGAAUCAUCGCCUCAGCAUCAGUGAUGCCUCGGUUUCCUCUUUCGAGAAUGUCCUUCUGGUACUCAGACGUGUGCUUGUGCCACAUUCACCGCCUAGUCAGCAGAGCUACUCAAAUGCCGUGAUGCUGGAGCAUCAGGCAAGUUACAACACCGCUGGAGCCAACGUUUUCACGCCUUCUAAAGUUGUGCCACUUCUCGUUCAGGCACACAAACGCACUGCCAUAGGAAAGGAGGAGGCCAAAUCAACCAAACACUGGUUCGACAAAAUGACUGUCCCUUGUCACAGCUGGGAUUUUGGCCUCCGGGUUGAGGAGAAGGGGGAAAUAGCGAGUGGUGAAACCGUAGGGAUGACUCUCUCCACCUCCUCCUCCUCACCAUUGCCAAGACAUUGCCCAACUCUCCAUCACCUCCCGCCCUAUCCUGAGAGGUGGCUGAGGGACAACGGUGUGGUGAAUACCCACCCACACACACCAACGUUCACGCUGUAG